UUUUCAUCUGUGAAGAAACAGAUCAUCGAACAUGGCUUCUACUGUUACCCGGGCAUGCUUGAUUCUUGCUCUAUUCUUGUUUAUCUCGAGCAUGACAUGCGAAGCACAGCUAUCCUCUAAAUUUUAUGACAACACAUGUCCGAAAGCACUUAGCACGAUCCGAACAGCGACUAGAACCGCCGUUUCUCGUGAGCGUAGAAUGGCGGCAUCUCUCAUUCGGCUUCAUUUCCAUGAUUGUUUUGUUCAGGGUUGCGAUGCAUCAAUUUUGCUUGAUGAUACUCCCUCAAUAUUGGGUGAAAAAACAGCUCCAAAUAAUGCUGGUUCAGUGAGAGGAUACGAAGUCAUUGAUGACAUCAAGUCUAAAGUGGAGAACGUUUGUCCUGGUGUUGUAUCAUGUGCAGAUAUUCUAGCAGUUGUAGCUCGGGAUGCAUCUGUUGCUGUCGGCGGACCAUCAUGGACGGUGAAGCUUGGAAGAAGAGACUCCACCACAGCAAGCCUCAGCCUAACCGACACCAACCUUCCGAAGUUUAUUGAUGGCCUUGGCAGGUUGACUUCCUUGUUUCGCGAGAAAGGUUUGAGUGAAAGAGAUAUGGUCGCCCUUUCAGGAUCGCAUACAAUAGGACAAGCAAGAUGUGUGACCUUCCGCGGUAGGAUUCACAACAAUGCAAGUGAUAUCGAUGCUGGGUUUGCUAGUACUAGAAAGCGCAAGUGUUCACUUGCUAUAGGUAGCGACGACGAGAAGAUAGCACCGCUUGAUUUGGUGACACCCAAUUCUUUUGAUAAUAAUUACUUUAAGAAUCUGAUUCAGAAGAAGGGUCUUCUCCAAUCUGAUCAAAUACUAUUUAGUGGAGGAUCCACAGACAGCAUUGUUACCGAGUAUAGUAAGAGCCCUUCAACUUUCAAGAAUGAUUUCGCUGCUGCUAUGGUCAGAAUGGGAAAUAUCGAGCCCAUCACGGGUUCUCAAGGACAGAUACGAAAACUUUGCAGUGUCGUCAACUAAGUUGUCAGCAAAUUGAUUCACUUUUUCAUUUCUUUCGGUAAAAAAAUGCCAUAAUUAAAUUGAUUGUUUUUGUAUUGAGUAAA